AUGGCUUGGGAGGUAAAUAUUAAAUUGAUAAGGAAAGCUGUCUCUCCUUUUCGCCACCAUCCUGGUUGUGUGUGGUUGACCGUUCUUGCCUUGUCUUCUCACAAGACUUUCAGAAUCAAGCGAUUCCUGGCCAAGAAACAAAAGCAGAAUCGUCCCAUUCCCCAGUGGAUUAAGAUGAAAACUGGUAAUAAAAUCAGGUACAACUCCAAGAGGAGGCACUGGAGAAGAACCAAGCUGGGUCUAUGAGGAAGCAUUGCACAGCAUGAAAUAGCAAACAUAAUUGGCACACAUAUUUAAGCUGCAUGGAGAUCACAUGCUCCUAUCCUAUCGUAUGGAAACAACCU